CUAUUUCAGAAAUAGUCGCAGCCGACUUUAUGGUAAACUAUGAUAUUAAUGUUAUCGGAGUCUUAACAGACCUGAAUAAAGUAAGGCAAAUUUUUUGGUUGGGAGAUGGGAAAAAAAUUAAUAUGGUUACUUUAUCGCAUCGUAAAAAGGCAUUGGAUAUUAUUGGUAAUAUGGUUAGCAUGAAGCGUGUGGCGGGUUUAACAGUACAACAUAUAAAGGUUCGUGAUCAUGUUAUUAUAUCUGAUGAUACAAAUGAUGAUAUAGCACCAAUGGAGGAUUUUUAUGAGGAAAUGAGUGAGGAGGAUAUACUUAGACAUAAAAUGAGCAAGGCCAUAGCUAUUAUUAAAAAUAAUCCGUUAUUUUCGGACGUGUUUUCUGAUUCUCUAAUUAAAUAA